AAAUUUUUUUUGAGCAGCCCGACUUAUGGUAUUGCGUUUCCCGACUUCUAGCUAUGAGCACCUGGCAAGCCUAAUUUUAAUGCAUUAAAUAUGAUAGCGCAUUUCACUCAAUGAAUAUUGUAAAUUAUUCUGUUCUCGCCUAGAAGAUAAGGCAGAUAACAAACCAAAUUAAGAACAAAACAAACUUGUUCGCGUAAUUAGUCACUUGCAUUUUGGAUCCCCUUGAGAAAUGUCGUCCGCGGAAAACAUAGAAACUUCGAAGAAACGUGUACUGUCUAUACAGAGCCAUGUAGUACACGGCUAUGUAGGCAACAAAAGUGCAACAUUCCCCCUGCAAGUAUUGGGAUUUGAAGUGGAUGCAAUAAAUUCGGUUCAAUUUUCAAACCACACGGGUUACGAUGUCGUCAAAGGUCAAGUAUUGCAGGAGAAGGAAUUGGCUGAUUUAUUUGACGGCCUGGAAAAAAAUGGUUUAUUGGACUGUUACUCUCAUCUGUUAACCGGUUAUAUUGGCAAUGGUUCGUUCCUCAGACAAGUAUCUAAAAUAGUAGCUAAACUACGAGCUACUAAUCCAAACAUUUUAUACGUUUGCGACCCUGUGAUGGGCGACAAUGGUCAAAUGUACGUGCCAAAAGAACUUCUUCCCAUUUACCGUGACGAAAUAAUACCCUUGGCGGACAUUCUUACACCAAAUCAAUACGAAGUGGAACUUCUAACAGAAAAGACUAUUUCAAAUGAAAAUGACAUUUGGGAAUCGGUUAAAUGGUUCCACAAUCGGGGUAUCGAUACUGUAGUUAUUUCCAGUAGUGACCUUGGAAAACCUGGUGAGCUUCGGGCAUUUCUAAGUAAAAGAAAUGGUCCCCGUUUUGCUCUCAACAUUCCAAAGCAAGGCACGAACAUUUCGUUCACAGGUACUGGGGAUUUAUUUGCUUCUCUUUUCUUAGCUCACAGCUACAAGGCGUCAGACGAUCAACUAGGCACUGCUUUAGAGCGUACUAUAGCUUCUCUACAGGCUGUAAUAAAACGUACAAUAAAUUCCAUGUCUGCUGAUGUCAUUGAGAAAAAAAGAAAGCUAACCUCGUUUGAUUGCGAGUUGAAAUUGAUUCAAAGCAAAUGUGAAAUUGAAAAUCCUGUGGUUAAAUUGCAUGCCGAAAAAAUAAAGUGAUAUUUGCUAAAUGGA